AGACAACCUACAUUAUACGUAUAGGUUUACAUACUUUUCUUUAUUUUCAGUAUUUAAAGUACAAAAUCGUUACGAGUACGGGUAAGCGCCAUUACAAGAACAGGUAAGUUACGUAAAAGGAGAAAAUGUCAUUCCAUCAAUUUAAUGCUUUUACUGGCCGUUUAAAACAAUCCACCCAAUUACAAGCUCUUUAUCCUUUAUCUCCAAAAGCAUUAGAAAAAAUAGAAACACCAAGAAUGAUGUUUGAUUCUAUUAAAACUAAGAUAGCAUCUACAUCUAGUUCUCUCUCUAGACAUCAUUCUACAAUACCUCAAAAAAUGAAAAAAUUACAACAAGAAUGGCAGGCUGAUUUAUUAAAACCAACAUUUCUUUUACGAGGCGCAUCAGAUAUGGCAAUUUAUCGUUUAACCAUUGCAACAACCUUGAUUGGUUUUGUUAUUAAUUUAUAUUAUAUAAAUGAACUUCGAAUGAAAUUUCGAUAAAAUGUUUCUAUGUUUAAUAUAGAAAUAUAAUAUAGGAAUAAUAUAUAUUGUAGGAAGUAAAUUAUUAUUUUAUGAUAAUUAUAUCUUGAAGUCAUAUUAUAAAUAAAUAAUUAAAUGUAUUUAUCCUAUUAA